UGGCGGCUCCCGCGCGCCGCUGCUCGGGGUGAGACGUCUCCGUCCCUGAGCGCCGGCUGAGGCCCGGGAGAGCCCGCGCCGCUAUGCGAUUUCGGGCUAAAAUCGUGGAUCUCGCCUGCCUCAACCACUUCAGCCGUAUAAUUAACACAAUCGCCAAGUUAGCCAAGACCUGCAUCCUGCGUCUUACUGUCUGCAAGCUGUAUUUCAUCCUCUCCGAUAAAGUAGCAAAUGGAGGCGCCAGUAUGUGGUGUGAGCUGAGUCAGGGGAAUUUCUUCGAUGAGUUUCAGAUGGAAGGAGUAGCUGCAGAGCACAAUGAAAUCUAUUUAGAGUUGGUGCCUGAGAACCUGUCGAGAGCAUUGAAAACUGCCCAAAGUGCUAAGGCAGUGAAGAUCAAGUUGACUAAUAAACACUGUCCCUGUCUCAGAGUUGCUGUGGAGCUACCAUCCUUAUCAAGCAGCAGUAGGAUUGUGACACAUGACAUUCCUGUGGGAGUUAUUCCCAGAAGAAUGUGGAAUGACUUCAGAGAGCCCAGUGUGCCAGACUUUGAUGUCAGUAUUUACCUACCAGUCCUGAAAACAAUGAAGAGUGUUGUGGAAAGAAUGAAGAAUCUCAGCAAUUUCAUUGUGAUUGAAGCAAACUUGAGUGGUGAAAUGAACUUGAAAAUAGAAACUGACUUAGUAUCUGUAACAACACAUUUUAAAGACUUGGGAAAUCCUCCCUGGGCAUCAGAGGAUGGAUGUCAGAGUUCUGCUCAAGGCAGAGAUCUGGAAAGUAUGGCUGAAGCACGCAUAGACAUCAAGAAGCUGCAGCAGCUGCUUGCUGGACAGCAGGUCAAUCCUACAAAAGCAUUGUGCAAUAUUGUACAUAAAAGAAUUGUCCACUUCAUCUUGCUCCAUGAGGAGGUUUCACUUCAGUAUUUUAUUCCAGCAAUUGCUUGAGUCUUUUGGAAUCUUGGUGAUUUUCCAACCUGAGGCCUCUUUCAUGAAGUCUGAAAUCUUUCUGGAGUUGCUGGAGUAUUUUGAUGUGAGACACUGUUAGACACAGCUAUCAGAUGGACAUUAUUUCAAUAUUUAUGGAAGUAUUCAGAAUACUUCCUCAUUCAGACAGAAAUUUCUGUGAAGAGUUAUAUGUUAUGAAAGACACAAUGCUGGGGAGCUUUGGUAUAUCUUACUCUGAGAAGGAGAAAAACUGAAAUUUUCCUUACCCACAGUGCAAAGCAUCCCAAAAGCACGCUCAAUUAAAUACUUCAAUCUCCUCAAAAAACUAAAGGUAGAAUUUGCCUCUGGAGCUGCUGCUGUGUGCAUUCAGUAUUGAGCAAUGCAAUCCAAGUUAAGGGAUCUCUGAGCAAGCUCUCAUACCUCCAUGAAACAGGAGAGCCUUCUGGAGAGUUGUGAGAUUGGUGUUUGCCUGGACUAGUAUGCACAGCCCUCCUAAAGGGGUAUGGAAUUGAAUUCUAUUCCAGUAGAAAUGUUUGGAUUAAACUUGGUACAACAUAUCUCAGUAGCUCUCUUUGUGUUUACUCUUUGUUUAACUCUUGGCCUGAGAGGACAAGCACAACAGUCUGGAUUACUUUGUUCAUGUGGGCAGUGAAAAUCCCUAUGUACAGAAUGAGUAUCAUAUGAAGACAUGUGUGAGCACAGCAA